CAGAUUCUUGUAAGCUUGGCUGCGAUUCACACUACCAGCCAACAACUUGUGCAUACCAUCUAUGAUCUUGCACUGCGACCAGAAUACCUCGCACCCCUCCGUGAAGAGCUUGAAACCAUCCUUGCAGAACACAAUGGAACACUUGUCAAACCAUCAAUGGCAAAGCUUAAGAAGAUGGACUCAUUUCUUAAAGAGGUCCAGAGGAUAAACCCAAUAAGCAUGCUUUCAAUGACUCGGUAUACUACAUCUGCCCUGAAGCUCACAACCGGCGAUACACUCCCAAAGGGCACACACAUGGCGUUCUCCUUAGCCGGAGUUUCAAGAGACCCCUCGAUUUGGAGUAACGCAGACGAAUUUGAUGGGUUCCGGUUUGAAAAACUACGAGAGAAACCUGGACAGGAGCAUUCUCAUCAGUUUGUUACUACAGGGAAAAAUUCUUUGGCUUUCGGCCACGGAACCCAUGCAUGCCCGGGACGAUUUUUCGCAAGCAACGAGAUGAAGGUAAUACUAGCACACAUCAUUCAGCACUACGAUAUCACGCUCUCGGAGCGACCAGAAAACAUCUACAGCAGUACCGAAAUUACGCCCAACCCGAUGGCAAAAGUGAUGUUCCGUAAGCGAAAAAUGUGA